AUGGAGCGGCUCCCCGGCGGCCGCCGGCCGCGGCUCGUGUCCUCGCUGGGGCUGGGGCGGCGCUCCUGGGAGGUCACCUUAGACGAGGAGCGGGGGCGGCUGGCCUGGCGCGACCCCCGCCCGCCGCGCCGCGCCGGCGAAAACUGUGUUGUACCCAUCUCUGAGAUCAUUGCUGUAGAGGAAACUGAGUUUAACAAGAAACAACGUAACAUUGGCAGAUGGCAAAAAAUGGCAAAGCUACAUGCUUUCACAGUGCAUUUUGUGAAGAAAGCCCGAAAUCACCGCUGGCGGUGCAGUGCUGCGACGUUCUGGUGUGUUGAUGAGCACUUGUGUAAUCAGUGGACACAGGCACUGAAGGAACUACUUGAAAUGCAGAAGUCUAGACCAAAGCAGCUGCUUGUGUAUAUUAAUCCCUUUGGAGGAAAAAGACAAGGCAAGAGGAUUUAUGAACAGAAAGUUGCUCCACUCUUCAGUCUGGCUUCUAUAUCCACUGAUGUUGUUGUAACUGAACAUGCUAACCAUGCUAAGGACAACUUAUUUGAAGUUAAUAUUUAUAAAUAUGAUGGUGUUGUUUGUGUUGGUGGGGACGGCAUGUUCAGUGAAGUGAUGCAUGGUCUCAUUGGAAGAAUGCAGAAGGACUCUGGCAUAGACCAAAAUAAUCCCAAAGCAUCGUUAGUCCAGUGCAAUAUAAGGAUUGGCAUAAUUCCUGCUGGAUCAACAGAUUGCAUAUGCUAUUCAACUGUUGGCAUUUCUGAUCCAGUAACUUCAGCUCUUCAUAUUAUUGUAGGUGACUGUCAGCCUCUGGAUGUCUCUUCUGUACAUCACAACAACACAUUUUUGAAAUACUCUGUGUCAUUGCUGGGUUAUGGUUUUUAUGGAGAUAUAUUGAAGGAUAGUGAGAAGAAGAGGUGGAUGGGUCCAAUGAGAUAUGACUACUCAGGCUUCAAGACUUUUCUUUCUCAUCACUAUUAUGAAGGAACAAUUGCUUAUCAACCAGCAAAACACACACAUGGAUCUCCACGAGAUAAAGUGAGCUGCAGAACGGGAUGUUACAUUUGCAAGCAAAGUGAGAAACAGCUGGCAGAACAGAACAAGGAACAUGGAUUGAAGAAUGAAGAAGGUGAAGAAGAAUGGAAGGUUAUAAAAGGGAAAUUUCUAGCCAUCAAUGCAGUAAAUAUGAGCUGUGCCUGUCCACGAAGUCCCAAAGGUCUUUCACCAGCAGCUCAUUUGGCAGAUGGUUCAGCAGACCUCAUCCUAGUUCGGAAAUGCUCCAGAUUCGAUUUUCUACGGUAUCUUGUCAGGCACACAAACCAAGAUGAUCAGUUUGACUUUCCAUUUGUAGACGUUUAUCGGGUUAAGUGUUUUCAAUUUACAUCAAAGCUUUCAGAAGACAAUGAAAGCAAUGUCUUGGACAUUGGAAAGAAACGUUUUGGCCAGUUCUGCAGAGAUCAUCCAGCCUGUUGCUGUAAUAUUGUUAAUAGCACCUGGAAUUGUGAUGGAGAAACUCUGGAUAGUUCAGCAAUUGAAGUGAGGGUUCACUGCCAGUUAAUGAAACUGUUUGCAAGGGGAAUUGAGGAAGACUGUAAAGAUGAAGCUGCCCACAGCCAGAGUAGCAUUGAACAAUUAGUAUAGACAUUGUUCCUCCAAUGAGGAGGAGAAAAAAUAAAAGCUCAAGGAAAUUGAGUAAAUAUGCAUUUUAGUCAAAUUGACAAGUAUUUUAAACUUCUAGAUUUUUUUUUAUGGCUUCACUAUAAUUUUAGACAUCUUACUAUAUUGUGUCUUUUUUUUAAAAAACAUUGUAAUCAUUAAAAUAUAUUGCAGCAAUGUAAUCUGUUAUGUUAGAAAAGAUGAGAUUGGCUUAUAUCUGUGUAUUCAUGAUGACUGAUAAAUUCUCUUUGCUUUUCUAGAGAGCUAAUUUAGUAGUUGUGUUGCAAUAAUAUCUAAAUGUUAUGAAACAUUGGACUUCCCACUGGCACCAAGAUAAUACAUUUUCCGUGUCUGAGAAGAUGUUUUCUGCUGGGAGUGUUAUGUAAUUUGUGUGGCUUAAAUGCUGGACAACAUUGUUGUAAUUUGCUUUUUUUUUUAGUUAAAAUAUUUCAUUUUGUAAUUCUGACAAUACCUUGCAACUUAUCAAUGCAAUUCAAACACACAUUCCUGGCUUUAAGUAAUAACAAUAGUAGUAUACAGAUAUUUGAAAAAUAAAAGCACAACUAUAUACAGGUCACACCUCAUCCUAUAUAUUCUGUCUUUGAAGGUUUCCUUGCAUCAUGCUUUUUGGGAUUAUAAAAAGUAUUAUGACUGUUUGGAUGAUACCAAAUACGACACAGUGCAACUGAAAAGUCUUGCAAGCAAAUUGCAGGAGUACUUGUAUGAUAUCAGGAAGGCACAGGAAAGGAAAAUAUAAAUAAGUUCUCAAACACCAGCAAGUUUUAGGUUUUAAUAAUAUCUGAUAUUAACAUACUAAAAGCUUCCCUCUUCACAAUUCUCUGAACAUUCUACUCCAUGUGUUAAAAUGUCUUUGCAAAAUAAGAUGUUGAAGUGUUAAGUUUAGAAGUAUGAUCUGAUGAUUCUUAAAAUCCUUAAAAUAAUUUAACUAAAUAUGAAACAAAAUAAUUUGCUUUGUGAAGCCAAGGGAAGAAACUGGCAUCUGACAAAUCAUGAAUUCACUGUGCUGAUUUGUUUUUAUAACAAAAAACAUGAGACUGUCAUAUAGAGCUAUGGAGUGAUUAUUUAAGUUGUAUAUAGUGUUUGUGUAUUGUGGCACAUAUGUUUUGUGUCCAGGGUUGGGGCUAAAUUUUGCUCUUCUUGUACAGGGUUAUUCCUGUGUGAGGACAGAAGUUAGCCCCUGUUCUAUUUUAUCUUUAUAAAGUG